CCGGAAAUGAAUGACUUCCUGUCGUUUUGACGCUUUCACCACGUUUAGUGUGACCGUCGGGGUCCAGUCAGUGUGAGCAGCACAGCGCUGAUCAGAUCCUGUCUCCUCCACACACAGCUGCAGAAAAUACAACAAAGUGAAAUUAAUCUGCAAACACGUGACCUAACAGGAACUUGCAGAGCACCAAGUGAGAGGCGAUCAGCAGCCUUCAGCCGUGUGCAGCAGAUCACCUGCUCAUGCCCAGUUCCGGUUUACAGUGACACAGCGCGAGACCAUCAGAUUAAAAACAGUCAAAUUCCGUGUGUUACUGCCGGUCUCCAUGGUAACCACAUAUACACGGUCUGACACGCAAGCUCUCUCUCAACAUUAAACACUGAGUCUUGUAUCCAGGCAACGCUGAGCCGCACGCGGAGUUCACGCCAGCUCCCCGACACCGCAGCGGAAGUUUGGUGACUUUAUUUCGGCCGCGGAUUUAAAUACCGUCAUUAAAGAUGUACAGUCGCGCGCGCAGGGUGACGGAUUUGUGCACCGGAAGCGCGAGCACCGCCAGCGUGGGACCGGGUUCCUACAAUGUGCAGAGGUCUGCUCCAGAGAGAAGCGAGUCCUUCGCUCCGUUCCUUUCUCUGUCCUCCAGACACUCUGUGUUUGACAGGUUGAACGAUGAGCAGUGCUCUCCUGGACCCGCUCACUAUGAUGGAGUCCUUCCCUGGGCUUCUGUUCCUGGUGGUCAUUCUCUGCAGUACCGUUCCAGGCGUUUUGAAGAGGUGAAGUCAAAUAUUCCAGGACCAGGAACCUAUUACAUCAUCCAGCCAUGGGGGAAGAAGCCCCACCCACCCACCACCCUAGACCGGGGCAUCAAGUGCGUCAGGUCAUUAUUCCAUUCUGCUCCCUCCAUUCCAUCUCCCAGUCAGGCGUUUGGUUAUGAGGAGAAUGAGCAGGGGGAACUGUGCAAGCAGAAACCACCCAGAACCGACCAGAGCCUUGGCCCUGCCUACUACAGCCCUACCCAGGUAGAAGCAAUGUAUAAAGGAAUCCACUUUGGCCAAAUGACGGGGAAAAGGUCAGAGAUGAAGGUGGUAGAUGGACCUGGACCAGGACACUACCAUCCAGAGAAAGAUCACUCUGUGCGCUAUGAGAAUGUGAAUUUGAAGCAAGAGCUGAAAAGUCAACCUGAGUUGCAGCUUCCUCGGUAUCAUGAACUUCUUACACUGCAGGAGAACAAGAAGGGUGUUCCUGGCCCUGGUCAGUAUGAUGUUAAAGGACAAUUUGAGAAGUCAAAUGGAAUCGUUGUGUCCAGAGCAGCAUUUAUGUCACACACACCGAGGUUCUGCUCAAUGAAGGAUGUGGCACCCCCUGUGGGUUCCUAUAAUGAUCCACGCUGUGCCCUGGAGAGUCUGAAGAAAUGCAAUGGAGUGAAGAAAAGUCCUUUUAACAUUACUGCAGCUCGAUUCUUUCCUGAAAACAGAAAAAACACCACACCAGGCCCGGGAGCAUAUAACAUGUUUAAUUAUGAUCUGGCAAGUGAGAGACUGAGGAAUGCACAUUUGGAAGGCAUGAGGCCAGGUGGCUUUGGCUCAACAGCCAAGAGAACCACCAUAUUCAUCAACAGAACCACAGAACCAGGACCAGCACACUAUAUGGUGGGAAAAAAAACUGAGGAGUUUUACAAGAGACAGCUUACAGCAGUCUUUAAAUCAGCCAUGGAGCGACUCCCUGCACCUCUGGUUGCUAAGGAUACACCUGCUCCAAACUCGUAUAAUGUGCAAGAAGCGUAUGAAAAAAUGCAUGGACAGGGAAGACAUGAUGAACCGCGCACAAAAGCAGCACGAAAACGCCAGAGCUGUUUCUUAAGCACUGCCCUCCGAAGCCCCUCCUUCCACUAUGAUCACAACAUCCCAGGCCCAGGUGACUACAGUCCAGACAUCAAGUCUAGUCCACAGUUUGCUAUCAUUAGCUCUAAUGAGGAUCGAUUUAAACAACCAAAAGACACAACACCCGGACCAGGAGCAUAUAUGCUGAGUCCUACUUUUUCAGACACUUUACUCAAGCGUUCUUUCAAUGUGACCUUCCAAAACCCUAUGAUGUUCCAUGCUCUGCCACCAGCCCCUCAGCAUGCCAUGGAGGCAGUGAUUUCCUUCCCUGGUUCUUAAAUACACACAGUCAGGGUCAAAGGUCAGUUUUUAACAUCUGCAAGUGGAUUAACUCUGCUGAAAUGUUCUGAUAUCAGGAAAUAAUGUUGAGAUGAAAUUCUGCUUUGUGAUGUUUUAUCCUAUGUCCCUUUUAUGUUUUCACAUUAGAAUACUUUGUGAGUUCUGUAACACACACUUCAUUCUGUAAACAGUACAUGGAUACUUAUAAUUGAUGUCUUCACCUGUGAAAUAUUAAAAUAAUUCCAUUUUCUGAAGGAAAAAACACCUCAGUUAAACAGUCAUUGAAAAGAUGACCAGUCUGAAGUAUGGGCAGUGCCAAGGAGGGGCUUGGGAUGUUGUAACUACCACUAGAAUAGCCGUAGCACCCCUUUAGUGCUCCCAAUAAAUUUCUGUUGUCUCAGGUGUGCAGGGAAAUGAGAGACAGGUGUGUGCAUGCAGUUCAUAUGCUGGUGAACUUAGUGUGAGAUGCUGGAAGCUGGAGACUUCGUCGGCCACUGUAGUAAGGUGUGGGUAUUCAUGGGAAGUGGAGUCCGUGGUGGAUUCUGGUAGAGAUGUAACAGGGCUCCCUCCUGAGCUGCUACUGAGACUUUGUUAGUGGAGGCAGAGAUGGAGCCCCUGAGUAAGAGGGUUGAAGUCAACACUCUAGUCACUAUGUCUAGGGCAGUCCGCAAAAGAGCUCCACCCUAUAUGUCAGCCAUGUUUAAAUGGAAAUCACCUCCUGUUAUAAAUGUUUGUACCUGAACUGCUGUCAAGCUACUCUUGGGCUGGGAUCCCCAUCAGUGUAGCUCUCCUCGGGCAAACGUCGAGUCAUUUAAAGGCAGUUUACAAUACUACGGGCCCCAGACAUGGAACAAGGUAUCACUUGAAGUGAGACCAGUACUAGGCUAGAAGACAUUUAAAAAUGGACUUUAAAGUAGCAGUACAUAGCAUUUGAUAUUUGAGUAUAGAUUUAGUUGUUGCUGUGAUAGUUUAUAAUGUCACUGGUUUUAUUUGUGUGUGUUCCUUGUGUUUAAAUGUUCUUAAAUGUUACAUCAGAGUAACCUGAAAAACAGGCCAAGGGCCUGAGCAU